AUGCAGGUCUACCAUCGGCCCACACAUUCCUCGCCGCAAGCCAAAGCUCUACAUGACGUUGUCUACAACAACGAGGACAUUGUCCACCUAGUCCUGACGAAAAUACCUCUCGCAUACCUCCGAUACAAGCGACUUGUCAUGUCGAAAGCCACGGUGGGUUAUGUCGGCAUCCUCAAGUCUUUGGACUUCCACAUCGAGAAUCAUCCAGAUAUCGGUCGAUUCAUAGGGCUUCACAACAACUUUGGCACAAGAUGGAGAGCAGCAGGAGAUCCACGGUCAAGGCGACAAUUGAUUAUCAACGAGGUGGAGCACAGCCCAGAACAUGAGCUGAUCAUCAAGGCUUUCUUCAGACAGCUGUACACUGGACAACUGAAUGCGUCCUUGGUACCAUUCAUUUGCUGCGGUUGUCUGGAUGUAGCUACAAACUUUACUGGUGUAGGCAAUUGGGAGACUGACCGACAUCUCGGUUUCUGCAGACAAUGCUACAUCACCCUGUGCGAGCUGGACAAGAUGUCUCUCGAGAGCCUGGACAAAUGCUGGCUAGGUGUCAUUCCUGAAUGGGAAAAGCACAACAGCAGUCUGAUCAAGUGGUCCAACGACAUGGCCAACCCCUAUGUUGAGGGCUCAGAAUCGGAGCGUCUUGCAUCUGAGUUGUUCUGGACCGCAUUAACCGACAUCAAAUACACCUCUAGAUCAUGGCUUAGGUGGAAUCUCUGCUGCCACAUGAUAGAUCGUCUUUGGUACCAGAUCACUGUAGACUGGGCAGGAGGUCUCACAACAGAGCCUUUCUCAUGGGGCUCCAGGCUCGGCAUCAACGACUUUGUCGGGAACUAUGGCGCUACCCGAGUUGUGUCUGGUCGCCUGGCAGAGCUUGCAGGUGCAGACAAGAUUGUCCAAGACAUGCUCCUCGUCGCUGACGGAUCGAUCAGUGGCAGCCAUGUCCGCAACUCCAGGCACAUCCGGGAUCGAUUAUUGAGCACCGGCUGGACAGCAGGCGAGGUCGGCCGAGUCUACUGUCUGCUCGCAGCAGAGCGCAAGAAUCGACGCACCGGCUUGAUGCUCACCGCAAGAGUCCACGGUACAGGUGACACCCGUGCGACAAGCGACCGCAGCUUCGACCUUCGCCUCGUCAAUCAGAUCUGGGUAAGCCUGAGGCCAGGGACCAGUUUCGAGGCCGUAUGGCACGAUCUGGAGCAUACUCUUGCGGACGCCGUGUGUCGUGAGGUACUGCGCAUGUGGGAGUCUGCUGUAAACGAUGACUGGAGAGAGUAUAUCGAUCUGAUCAACCACGGUCGGGAUCCUUUCUUAGAUCGUGGUCGAACUUUCGACGACAUCAGCGACUAUAUACUCACUCACUGCCCCAAUCACUCACAGUCAUGGGUCAACAUCUUUCAGUACUUUAUAGAUCUGGAUGAGCCUCGUCACUCGGAUAUCGAUACUGCUUUGAACGUCUGGCUGUACAUGUCAGCAGAGGAUUUCUGGUGGAGAUACGUCGAAGAUGCAGUUUUCUCUACCCGAGAACGUCUUUUCCUCAGGAGCCAUCAUAUACUGUACCGGACGCAUAUGAACGGCCAGCAGCGGUACCCAAGGCCGCCUUUGAUCGUGGAGAGGAUGAAUACGCGGAGAGCCUCUGGCGUCAGGGACAACACAGCUCCGUAUUAUGAGCUAUACGAGUUCAAGGACCAAGCAUGGAGCCUUAGCCCGCCUUUGAGGUUUGGUAAGAGGCGAGACAUGGCUUGGCUAUGCAGAAGAACUAGUUGCCCCUGCCAUCAAUAUGGCUCCCAGGGACGGACCGAGGAGUAA